UCAUACUAAAUACAAGUCGGUAUAUUCUACAUUAACUAAUGUCAUGCAGUUGCAGUGUUUCCCAUUAAUUAUAUAAUUAUUUGAUAAUUUUAUAUUACACAUCGAUUUUUGAUAUGCUUGGGAUUCGUUAAAACAUCUAUAAUCACUCAGUCUACAAUAUUUUCCAAUGUACUGUAAGAAAUAAACUUGUGGUUGGUGAAAAUAUUUGGUUGAUUUUCAAUAUGGAUAAAAUUCUUGACAAAAAUGAUGAAGAAAACCUUAAAAGAGGACAAGCAUUAUUGAAUCAUUUAGAAGAAAUACAAUAUUCUUAUUUCAGCGGACGUCCAGAAUGGAUACCUUUACAAAAGAAUGAUCUGAAAUUAUUUUUAGCAUACAUAUAUUACGGCUAUCCGUCUCCUAGUAAUGCAAUUGCUGAAAACAAUUAUGAAGAAGAGAUUAGUUCUGAAGAAUUAUUUAAGUUAUAUAAAAAUGAAAUUAAAAAGAAAAUUUUAGAUAUGUGUGAAUUAAUAGAGGAAAAAUAUAUUAAUCCUAGUUUUUUUAGUAAUAUUGAAGUGGGUAUAACUAUGGUACAUAGUAUUUGCAAAAAAAAGUGCGAUACCUGCCAACAUUUUCCUAAAAAAGAUAUACACAAAUGGUUUUUAUUCAGAUUAAAACUGAUCAGCAAUAAAUGCAUUUUUAUUGAUUUACAUAACAGUAGAACAUACACUGGCUGGGAUGAAUAUAUGGAAAAUAAUAAUCUUCCUGAAGGAUAUAUGUUCUAUCCUAAUUCGGGGUUUUAUGAUGCUUCAAAAACAUUGUAUCAAACUAUAACACCGGCUUCCAAAACAACUGAAACAGUUUUCAAAACAGCUGACAUAGCUUCAUACAUAUUAAAUGGUGUUGGCGGUGUAAUAUAUACCUGUAGUUCUUUUUUUCUUUUGGGAACACCUAUUGGUACUGGAUUAGCAGUAACGGGAGCUGUAUUAACAACAGUUUGUUCUUCGUAUCAAUUUAGUAGACAUGUUCAGCAACUAAUUGACAUGUUUAAACAUGAUGUUAAUAAAUUCGGCACAAAUGCCUGGAAAAGAUGGAUUGGUUUAUCGAUUUCCGCAAUUGGUGUUAUUAUGGCACCAUUUCAAGCAAUUGCUGCAAUAACGUCCGAGGUGAAUUCAGCUAUUCAAUCAACUGGAAGGGCUCUUACUAUUUUUGGAAAAACUGCUUGUGUUACUCAAUGUACAUUGGUAGUCUUCCACGCUGCUCUGGAUUUCAUAGAUAACAAUUUUAAAAUAACAUGGGAAAGUGUGAUAAAACUACGUUUAGAAGUGUUCGUUGUUACAGGAGUAUUAAUGGCUCCAAGUUACAUAACAGAUAUUUUAAAGGUACGUAUUGACAUGUGUUCUAUCAAAGUAAUCUACAUUUUUAAAUAGAGCUUGAAAUCAUAUGAAUUAGUAUGUCUAUAAA